AACGCACCGCCCGUGCCCCGCACCGCCGCCCGCACCUCUGGAACGGGGGACAGAUUAGCUAGAGGGCUGCUUAAUUGCCGUUUACCUGAUCUUGCUGUGCGUGCAGCUAGGUGAAAUAGGAUAGGAUGGUGACGUCAUUUUUUCUUAGAUAACUGUACAUCCUUCUUUCACUUUCAGCCAACACUAACUGUAGCCUAAAAGGGAGGAAAACUCAAAUCAUCUGUGGUAUGCUAGAAGAAAUAUUAUCUGCACAUAUGAUAAUCACGGCCUCUGCUUUCUUUAUUGCAUUUAAAAGCAAAGGCAUAGUUGUAUAUGGAGAUCAUUAGGCUGGUGUUUUGUCUUCCAUUCAGUCAGAUCAGUAGACUUGUAUUACCGGUAGAAAACCAAAUUAUUGGCAUGUUAUUUUAGCACAUGUUCUGUAAGAAAAGGUCACAAUCAGUAUUUUUUUUCUUUGAAAAUAAUUUUAAAAUUUCUGAAAUAUCAACGUUGGUGUGGAGGAAUUCAACUGAGAACUGCUUUUUAUGAACCAUAACUUAAAAGAGUCAAGAUGGAUAGCACAGAUGAACCUCAGAAAAAAGUCUUUAAAGCACGAAAAACAAUGAGAGUAAGUGAUCGACAACAACUUGAAGCUGUCUAUAAGGUUAAAGAGGAGCUGUUGAAGACAACUGAAGUGAAAUUGUUAAAUGGAAAACAUGAGAAUGGAGAUUCUGAUUUAAAUUCCCCUUUAAGCAAUUCAGACUGUAUGGAGGAGAAGAAGGAAGUUAAUGGCAUAGUUGACUUGUGUGUUAACUCGGAAGGAGAAAGAACAGCCUCUGAUGAAAUUAGUGAGGCCAAAAGCCCUGAAAGUAGGGCAGGAAACAUACUCAAUGACACAGAACCCAAACGUCUAACACUGUCUCCAGAAAAUAAUACUCUUGAGCAAAAUAAAGAUACUGAUACUCCAGUAGCUUGUGAGGCAGAAAAUGGUGUGCUUGGUAGCAAUAAAGACAACUUGCAUGAACAAAAUAAUACAACAGAUAAUUUGGACCAAAAUAAGAAUGACAUCCCAUUGGAAGGUGAAAGUAAACCAGUCUAUGAUAUUACUGACUCUUCUGAAGAAAAGAGAGAAACAAAUAAUAUAACCAUUAAUUCCAGUUCACCUGGUGGGGAAAAGAGGACUGAAGUAGUAACUGUUGAAGAGGCUGUUGGAGAAGCAACCAUCUCUAGCAGUAUGGAAGCUGACCAGGAAAAACAAGAGGGGAGUGCAGGUCUUUCAGAAACCACUGUUCCAAAGACAUCAGAUGAGCCAAGUCAAAGUAUCUUGGACAAUACUGACUCUAUGGAAACAGAUGAAAUUAUUCCAAUUUUGGAAAAACUAGCCCCUUCUGAAGAUGAUCUGAGCUGUUUUUCUAAAAGUUCUCUGCUUCCAGUGGAUGACACAGCCCCAGAUUUAGAAGAGAAAAUAGACAACUCUUUGGGUUCACCAUCCAAGCAGGAAAGCAAUGAAAGUCUGCCAAAAGAGGCUUUCUUAGUACUGUCUGACGAAGAGGAUCCCUGUGAUGAGAAAGAGGAACGGGCUGAAGGGAUAGUACCAAACAAGUCAAGUCUUCCAGGUGAAGCAUCAAAGAGAAAGCGUUCCAAAUCUGAGGACAUGGAUGAUGUUCAUUUUAAACACCGCCGGUACAUGGGAGAAGAUUAUGAAGCAGAACUCCAAGUAAAAAUUACAGCCAGAAAGGAUGUUGACCAAAAAUUACAAAAGGUUAUCCAGAAACUGUUAGAAGAAAAACUUACCACUUUACAGUGUGUGGUAUUUGACAAGACUCUGGCAGACUUGAAAGCCCGAAUAGAGAAAGCUGAAUGUACCAAGAGGCAUAAAACUGCAUUUACUGAACUACAGGCUAAAAUUUCUAGAUUGACAAAGCGGUUUGGAACAGUCAAGGAGGACUGGAAGAAGAGACAGGAAAAUACAGCAAAUGCACCUACAUCUCCAGGGAAAGCAGCAGCUGACACUGCAAAUACAAACAAUCCCACGUAUCGAAAUGCUGGCACAGUGAGGCAGAUGCUAGAGUCAAAGAGGAAUGUAGGAGAGAGCACACCAGCAACUUUUCAAGCACCUACAAGUACAGUGCCAGCUUCCAGUCUUGCUCCUUCUCCAACAGUUGUCAGUGGACAUCCUAAGCUUCAGACUCCAGUGACCUCCACCAGCUCUUUGACGACAGCAGUUCUUCCCACAGCUAACACAGCUACGGUUGUAGGCACUAACCAGGUGCCCACUGGAAGUACUCAGUCAGUGGCUGUCUCACUGCAGUCUUUGCCUGUAAUCUUGCAUGUCCCUGUUGCAGUGUCAUCCCAGCCUCAGCUUCUGCAAGGCCACCCAGGGACUUUGGUCUCUAACCAACAGUCAGGCAAUGUUGAAUUUAUAUCUGUACAAAACUCAUCUACAGUUGGUAGCCUUACCAAAACUACCGUGUCUUUGGCAUCAGCUAACACAACUAAACCAAAUAGCAUUCCACAUGUGCCCAGUCCUGGUAUUCAAAGGAACUCUACGGCCAGUGCUGGGUCAAUAGGCACAACAUUGGCAGUACAGGCUGUUUCUCCUGCACAUCCUGUUGCCCAGACCACAAGGACUUCUUUGCCCACAGUGGGUACUUCAGGACUUUAUACUGCUACCAGCAGUCGAGCGCCCCUACAGAUGAAGAUUCCUGUCUCUUCAUUUAAUAAUACAGCACCUACUGAACCACCUACCAUUGCAGCACCCAAGAGUGAAAACCAGACAAGCAGGCCACCAACAGAUACUUCGACAAACAAGCGAACUGCUGAGGGAACAACACAGCUCUCAGAUCAAAAAGUAGUUCAUUGUGUGCCGUAUACCUGUGGCAUAUUUGAUGGUACAACUUUGAUCAAUUGUUUCGAAAAGCAGUUGAAACAGGAAGAGACUUCAUCAGAAAAUAAAGAAGCAGUAGAAGCAGCACAGACGAAUUUUAACUUUCCUGAGGAUGUCCUCUUUGGCUUGGAGGAAGAGGAAGAGGAUGCUAAGAGCAUCAAAAACACCCACAAGCAGACUGGCUGGGCAGCUAACCUAUUAAAACAGUGGCUGGCCAAAAAUGGCAAGGAUCCUAGCUUUGAAUUGGUCCCAAGCGGGAAGGUCACGGGAAGUGAAUCGGGAGGUGUCAUUGAUCUUACACUGGAUGAAGAGGAUGAUAACUCUUCUCAAGCAGAUGGCAAGAAGCCGAAGCAAAACCAGACACCAGUUACAGGACUGAGCACACCCACCCAGCCCUCGGCUCGGCCCUUGCAACCCAGUGUGCCACCUUUGCAGCCAAACCCCGCGCAGCAGACAGGUGUGCCGACCAGUGGGCCUUCCCAGACCGCUAUACAUGUAUUGCCUACAGCUCCGACAACAGUGAAUGUAACUCAUCGACCUGUGACUCAAACUGCUCCAAAGCUUCCUAUACCAAGAACCCCUGCUAACCAUCAGGUGGUCUAUACCACUAUUCCUGCACCACCAGCUCAGAAUCCUGUAAGAGGAGCUGUCAUGACAAAUCCAGGUUUAAGGCCAGUCAACCCGCAGGCUGGAGGGAUGGCAGUGCGAAUGCCUCAGACAACCUAUGUUGUGAACAACGGGCUGACUCUCGGGUCUGGAGCACCUCAGCUGACAGUGCAUCAUCGGCCGCCGCAAGCGCAUGCUGAGCCACCACGCCCUGUACAUCCUGCCCCACUUCCAGAGGCACCACAGCCACCGCGUCUGCCCCCCGAAGCUGCCAGCACUUCUCCACCUCAGAAGCCACAGCUGAAGCUGGCACGGGUACAGAGCCAGAAUGGAAUUGUGCUGUCAUGGAGUGUCAUGGAGGUGGACCGGAGCUGUGCCAAUGUGGACAGUUACCAUCUCUACGCCUACCACGAGGACCCGAGUGCCACUAUGCCCUCCCAGUGGAAGAAGAUUGGGGAAGUGAAGGCCCUCCCUCUCCCUAUGGCAUGUACUCUUACACAGUUCGUGUCUGGCAGCAAAUACUACUUUGCAGUCCGGGCUAAGGACAUCUAUGGACGUUUUGGACCCUUCUGUGACCCCCAGUCCACAGACGUGAUCUCUUCUCAGAGCAGUUAAACGGAGAUCUUUGGAGGCUUUAAACCUGCCCUGGUACCAAGAAUUACCCCGGUUGUGGGGGGAGUUGAUCCCAUGCAUGUAAUUCACUUUUAAAUCCACUCUCUGCAGGAUUAUUUCAGACAGUUGUGUGAUACACUACAUGCAUUUAGAACCAAAAGAAAAAUAAAGUGUCACCUGCAGCAAGAGAGCCUGUUUUUUCUGAAUAGUUCAUGUCAUGGGCCAUUUGAAAAUUUCAUUUUUGCAUCCAUGACAACUGUUCCAUAUAGAUACCUAUCUACCCUUUAUCAAAGGGCAUCCCGAAUGCCUGGGAUUCUGCUUCUGAGGGGGAACAAAAUAGUAAAUUACAGUUUGUCUGAAGCAAAACACACAUUUGUACUGGAGGACUGAGUGGUCUGGUCUUACUUUACCAACUGGAAUGAGCUCUCUGAGACUAGAAGGGAACUUCUAGUCUGGCCAGUAAUCCAUAUGUGUCUAAAUUUGGAGGUGGAGGGGAGGGGGGAGGAAUCGCCCCACAACUUCCUACCUCUUAUAAAUAAGAACACUCCUCUACUUUCACCAUCCUCCCCCACUCGCCCUGGGAGCGUUCCCGGGUCAUAUCUGAAAGUGGAUUGUAGAGCUGCAUUCACACCUCUCUAGUUCAGACAGUUUCUCUGCCCCUCCCCUCAUAUACGUCCAGCCCUAUUUUUUAGAUUUAUUUUGUGCCUUAAAGAAUAAUUUUAAAAAUAAAAUGUAGCCAGAUA